AGGCCUUUCAACAAUACAAGUACACGACCACUAAAACCUCAAACCAUGGAGCCUUUCACAAUUUUCUUCAUCUUUGCUUCUUCCCUAAUUCUCUACACAUAUUGGAUACUCAUAACCACCAAGACCGCAAAAAACCUCCCACCAGGGCCGCCAAAGCUCCCCAUUAUAGGAAACAUACACCUACUCGAUAAACAAAGACCACACCGAAAACUUACAAACUUGGCCCGAAUAUAUGGUCCCAUUAUGCAUUUACAACUCGGGCAAGUGUCUACCGUCGUCAUAUCCUCACCGCAAUUAGCCCGUGAGGUCUUGAAGAUACAAGAUAUCAACUUUGCUGACAGACCCGCAACCACAACUGCUAAAAUAUUUUUUUAUGAAGGUUCAAACAUAGGAUGGGCACCUUAUGGGAACUAUUGGAGACAACUAAAGAAGUUUGCUACUUUAGAACUCCUUAGUGCCAAAAAGGUCCGAUCAUUUUUCUAUAUUCGAGAGGACGAGCUUACUCGUGUGUCUAAAUUUCUUGAAUCUUCUUCCGGAUCACCGAUCAACUUUAGGGAAAUGACUAGACAGAUAGUCAAUAACAUAGUUAGCAGGGCUACGUUAGGAGACGUCUGCAAAGAUCGAAAAAUCCUUCUAGAAAAUGUAUAUUUCAUGUUGAAAACAUUCAGUUCUUUUAACAUGUCAAAUUAUUACCCUCGUUUGAAUUUCCUCAAUGUCAUUUCUGGAAAGAAAGCUGAAUGGUUGAAGAUGCACAAAGAGAUUGAUUUGAUCUUGGAAAAGAUCAUAGAGGAACACAGAAGUAGACCACGUAACCCGGAUGAUCAUGAAGAUAUAGUUGAUAUUCUACUACGAGUGAAGGAUACUGGUGCCAGUUUUGAUGAGCCCCUCACUAAUGAUCGUGUCAAAGCAAUCAUUCUAGAAAUGUUAACGGCUGGGACAAGUUCGUCUUCAAUGACAAUUGAAUGGGCAUUUUGUGAAAUGAUGAAGAACCCGGAGAUAAUGAGGAAAGCGCAAUCCGAAGUGAGGGACGUCGUGAAGGGUGAUUCGAUCACAGAGGCCGACAUACAAAGUAUGGAUUACAUGAAGUUGGUAGUAAAGGAAACAAUGAGGUUACAUUGUGUGCCUAUUUUGCUUCCUAGACAGAACCCUGAGAAGUGUAUUGUAGACGGGUAUGAUAUUCCUGCCAACACAAGGAUACUUAUAAAUGCUUGGGCAUGUGCAACAGAUCCCGACACUUGGGAAAAUCCUCACGGGUUCAUACCAGAAAGAUUUGAAAAUAGUUCCAUCGGUUUUUCGGGUACUGACUUCGAGUUCCUUCCGUUUGGGGCCGGCAGGAGAAUGUGCCCAGGUAUGAACUUUGGGCUUGGUACGGUUGAAUAUGUUAUUGCUACUUUGUUGCAUCGUUUCAACUGGAAGCUUCCUGAGGGAGUAACACCUGAUGAUCUGGAUAUGAGAGAGCUUACUGCAAUAUCUACAGUGCCUAUAAAUCCGUUACAUAUUGUCCCUAUCACCGUAUCAGAACCAAAUUAGUAUGAAUUCAUGUGUAUCAUGGGUUCGAGCUUCUUGGCCAUCCUUGUAAUAUGUUGCAUGCUUUGUCACUGCAUGUAUCUUAAUAAUGUUUUACGGUGCUAUGUCCAAAAUAAAAGGAUGAAAUGCCAAAUUUCGAUUGUUUGCUCCUUUGGUUAUAAUAAUAUUGCUGGUUAAUUAGUGUAAUGUAAUCUCGGGAAAUAGUAUAAACAUUAUUUAUAA